AUGGCGCUGGCCCUCAUCUUGGGUUGUGUCCUAGUGCCCCGACCCUCCCUGUCGCUGCACCCCAGCCAGGGGGUGUCCCUGGGGGACACUGUCACCCUGCGCUGCUACCUGCCCCAGCCAGCUGCCUGGGUCUGGCUGUACCAGGAAGGAGGUAGGACACACAACAAGUACAAGGACAAGGAGCAGGAUGCAGUCGAGUUCUCUUUCGGUAACACAAGUUGGAAACAUGCGGGGACUUAUCGGUGCCAGUACCAUGUGUCUGAGCCACUGGGGACUUCAGAGAAGAGCGAUCCUGUGGAGCUGGUGCUGACAGAUCACAGUUUUCGUCCACCCAACAUUUUGCUGAGAUCUGAGGAACCUGUGGUGUUGGGGAGUAACGUCACCAUCUGGUGCUGGAGACAGAGUUAUGGGGGCACCAUCUGCCUGCACAAGGAUGGGCGCUCGGUCCCCAUCCGGUGCCAGCACACUAAUUGGGCUGGCAUGGCCACCUUCACACUCUCUGGGGUAACUCAAGCCGACACCGGCACCUAUAGGUGCUCCUACCGACCUGAGGGCCGCCACCUUCUGUCCUCACCUCUUGGGGAGAAAGUGGCACUGGAAAUGACACCCACACCUGCACACCCAGGUGCUGGAGGACUACCUCAUGGGAACCUGGUGGUGGCAGUGGUGAGGGGCUGCGCUGCCGUCCUCGUCUUCUUCCUCGGCCUCUUCUUUGUCCUCGAUGCCCGCAGUCUCUGGAUACAAAGAGACAGGAGCCCUGGAGCUGAACAAAUUCAAUGGCUUUGAAACUCUAAAGAACCCCUUUUGUUCCCUGCAGGUGUACUCUGCCUCCAUGUUGACACCAUAUCCACCUCCCUACCUCUCCCACCUCUUUUUCAAUCUCCUAUGGUGUGCCCUUCCUCAUCUUCCAUCCCGUAUAGGUGGAUAAACCCACAAGUCCAAUGUCCCGACUCCACUUCCAUGCACAAUUGAUACCCCUCAUGGUCCCCGCUCCAUUCACUGUCUCCAUGACCUUCGCCCUGCUCCCCUCCUUGUUUUGAUGAUCGUCGUGCCCCCACAGAAAGACAGAGACCAUGCAGUUCCAGGGCAGUGCCAGGGUCUG